UCAUCUCAAAAAAAUCGAGCAUCUAAAUAUGCGACGUCAACAAGAGUCCAAGUCCCAUUCGUUGGUUGCCAUAAAAUUUUGAUAAAAUGCGAAUCCGGAGAAAAACAUUGUUCGGACCCGCGAGAGCCCCCAUAACUUAUUACCUGCCCGAAGCGCCGCCGUCGCGGUCGGUGGCGCUCGCCCCGUCACCAUCCGUUGAUCGCCACCACAGAACCACCGGCACCAUGUCGAGCGACUCCCAGCCCAAGUCCCAGAGUCCGGAGAGGGAGCCUUUCGACUCUCCCCAGCCACUGGAGCUCCAACCCCUCUCCAGCUGCCACCCCGACGGAGUCCCCUCCAACUACGAGCCCAACCCCUCUCCGGCCCUGCCUCAAGGCCUCGAGCUGGCGCUCGUGGCCCCAGAUGCACCGGCGUUGGAGGUGGCGCCGCUGAAUGAGAAACCGCGACGGCGAGCAUCCCGGCGGCGGGCGGAGUGGACUCCACCGGAGGGCAUGCAAACGAUUGUACUAGAGAGGAAAUCUGGCAAGAGCAAGGGAAACAAAGAUACAUAUUACACUCUUCCGGGGGUAAGCACAAAAUUCAGGUCCAUACCAGAAGUCCAAAGGCAUCUCGAGAAAAAACCCGCUAGGAUUUGGAGGAAGUUGCCUAAGAAUUCUGGAACUCGGCCUUCCCAACCUGCUGAAGCGGCCGGAAGUUCUUCUAACCCAUUGGUCGACCCACAACCAGCUACAGAAUCUUCUCCAGAGGAACCUAAAGAACAAACUAACGAUGAGGAACAAGCAGAAGGACCUAAAAGUAGACCGAAGGUAUGCGUGCAACGGAACUUGUUCAAGCGUUCCCGGAGGCACAAGCGCAAGAACCUUUGAGGCAACAGAAGAGGGGGAUCGCAUUUUUUUUUCAGCUUUGCCUUGUAAAUAAUUCUCUUAUUGGUGCAGCACUUCUUUUUCCCCUCUGCAGUGCUUUGGUGCCUAUAUAAACCUGUCAUGUAUAGGCUUACCAUUUCAAAAUCCAAUAAUGUUCCUAUCAGUAGUUACAAAACUCUGCAGUGUUUUCAAGGAUGUUUAGAUGUUGUAUGAGAUCAUACAACAAACUGGAGAAGAAUUUAAUAAUUUCUGUGAAACAUGGGAUAAAUAUUUCUUCGUUAUAAUUAUAUGGUUGCGAUGGAAUCAACAUAUUCUUUUUACAAUACCAUCAUAUGAUG